UCUUGUCUAUUUCAUAAUAACCCUUUUGUGUGUACGGAUGCUAACGUCGGCACUGACACAUUCCAACAUUGGUCGUUCUCCAGACCUUUUGGCCAUUGAAGAAACUCAAUCUUGAUCUCUAGUUGUCGCAUUUUCGAGUCUCUCUCCUCAGAGAUUCUCAGAGAUCACACCAAAAUCGUAUUCUCUGUUGAGUUACUAUACAAGGUUUGAUGAAUUGGAAGGUUUAUCCUCUCUGAUUCUUCUCUAAGCAGUGAUGGCCUCUCAUGGCGCUGAUUCAUUGUUGUUGGAGGAUUUCGGACAGAAGGUUGACCUAACGAGGAGAAUCCGUGAGGUUCUAGCUAACUACCCUGAAGGAACCACUGUGUUGAAGGAACUGAUCCAAAAUGCUGAUGAUGCUGGGGCAACCAAGGUCUGUUUGUGCUUGGAUCAGAGGGUUCAUGGUGUUGACUCUUUGUUAUCAGAUAAGCUGGCCGAGUGGCAAGGCCCGGCCUUGCUUGCCUUUAAUGACGCCGAGUUCACAGAGGAUGAUUUUAUCAGUAUAUCUCGAAUUGGGGGUAGUAAGAAGCAGGGUCAAGCUUGGAAGACUGGGCGUUUCGGGGUUGGAUUCAACUCAGUGUACCAUUUGACGGAUUUGCCAUCUUUUGUGAGUGGAAAAUAUGUGGUGUUAUUUGAUCCACAGGGUGUAUAUCUUCCAAAUAUUUCUGUGGCAAAUCCUGGAAAGCGUAUUGAGUAUGUUAGUUCUUCUGCUAUUUCAAUUUAUAAUGACCAGUUCUUUCCAUAUUGUGCUUUUGGAUGUGACAUGAAACAGCCUUUCCAUGGAACUUUAUUCCGUUUCCCUUUGAGGAAUACAGAUCAGGGAGCCAUUAGUAAGCUCUCAAGGCAAGCAUACUCAGAAGAUCACAUUUAUUCUAUGUUUGCUCAGCUUUAUAAGGAAGGGAUUUUCACCCUGCUCUUUCUUAAAAGUGUCCUGUCUGUUGAAAUGUAUAUAUGGGAUGCUGGGGCACCUGAACCACGGAAGCUCUACUCUUGUUGUGUCAGCUCAGCAAAUGAUGAUAUAACUUGGCAUCGCCAGACAUUACUGAGACUAUCUAAUUCUGUUAUGUCUGUAAAUAAUGAGGUGGAUUCCUUCUCAUUGGAUUUCUUGAGUGAGGCAAUUCUUGGGACCCAUUUGGAGAAGAAGAUGGUCACAUAUUUCAUAGUGCAGGCAAUGGCAUCAGGAUCAAGUAAAAUUGGUGCUUUUGCUGCUGCUGCUUUCAAAGAAUAUGAUAUUAACCUGUUGCCUUGGGCAUCAGUUGCUGCAUGCAUUUCAGAUGGUUCAUUGGAGGAUGAUGAUGUCCUGAAGCAUGGCCAGGCAUUCUGUUUUCUUCCUUUGCCAGUCAGAACUGGAUUACCCGUACAAAUCAAUGGUUACUUUGAGGUUUCCUCAAACCGCCGCAGCAUCUGGUAUGGAGCUGACAUGGACAGGGUUGGAAAGCUUCGUUCGGACUGGAAUAGGCUUCUAUUGGAAGAUGUCGUUGUUCCUGCUUUUACAAAAUUGCUGCUUGAUCUACGAGGGUUACUAGGUCCAUCUAAGUUGUAUUAUUCGAUAUGGCCCCGGGGUUCCUUUGAAGAGCCAUGGAGUCUUCUAGUGGAUCAGAUCUACAGAAGUAUUGGUAAAAUUCCAGUCUUAUACUCAUAUCUUGAGGGUGGAAAGUGGGUCUCACCAUCUGAAGCUUUUCUUCAUGACAAGGAGUUCAGUAAAAGUAAGGAACUUGGUGAGGCCCUUGUCUUGUUGGGAAUGCCUAUUGUUCAUUUGUCGUCUCCUUUGUUUGACAUGCUCCUGAAAUAUUCUUCAAGUUCUAAGCAAAGAGUGGUCAGUCCUGUGACAGUACGCCAUUUCCUUACGAGAUGUGAGUUACUGAUUACAUCAAGUAGAUUUUACAAACUGGUAUUAUUGGAAUACUGUCUCCAAGAUCUGAUUGAUGCUGAGGUUGGUCAAUAUGCAAGUAGCCUGCCUUUGCUUCCUUUAGCAAGUGGCGAUUUUGGAUCCUUUUCUGAAGCCUCACAAGGAAUUUCGUACUUUGUCUGCGGUGAGUUGGAAUACAUGCUGCUUCAACAAAUCCCUGAUAGAGUGAUUGAUCGUAAUAUUCCCUUGGACAUACUGAAUAGACUGACUGGUAUUGCAAUGUCCUCAACAGCCAAUAUUGUGGUUUUCAAUGUUCAGUAUCUACUGCAGUUACUACCUAGAUUUUUUCCUGCUCAGUGGCGAUACAAAGAACGUGUUCUUUGGGACCCUGAAUCUACUCUUAACCAUCCCUUGUCAUCAUGGUUUAUGCUCUUCUGGCAGUAUCUGAGAGAUCGAUGCGAGACUUUGUCUAUAUUUUGUGAUUGGCCCAUCUUGCCAACCACUUCCGGGUAUCUGUAUAGAGCUUCUAGAAGCUCAAAAUUGAUUAAUGCAGAAAAAUUGUCUGAUACAUUGAGGGAACUCCUAGCUAAGAUUGGAUGCAAGAUACUAAACCCUAACUAUGGAGUUGAACACCAUGAGUUAUCUCAAUAUGUCUGUGAUGUUAAUGGUGCUAGUGUAUUGGAAGCAAUUUUUGAUGUUGUCUCCUCAAAUGAGGGACUUCUGCAAUUAUUUCACAAUAUUAUUGAUGAAGAUGAGAAGAAUGAGCUUCGUCAAUUUCUUCUUGAUCCAAACUGGUAUGUCAGAGACUGUAUAGCUGAUUGUCACAUACGGAACUGCAGGAGGUUGCCUAUUUUCAAAGUAUAUAGUGGAGCUAGUCCGCAGACUUUCAAUUUUUCUGAUUUAGAAAAUCCUCGAAAGUACUUACCACCUUUUGGUGUUCCCGAUUAUUUCCUGGGAGGUGAGUUCAUUGGCAGCUUAUCAAAUAAUGAAGAAGAGAUUUUAUUAAGGUUUUAUGGGAUUGAGAGAAUGGGGAAAGCACGCUUCUUCAAAUUAAAGAUGUUAAACAGAAUUGGUGAAUUGCAACCAGAAUUUCGUAACAAAUUGAUGAUUUCUAUCAUGCAAGACCUACCUCAUUUGUGUGUUGAGGACAUAUCUCUAAGAGAAGCUUUGAGAAAAUUAGAGUUUGUCCCCACACUAAGUGGUGUCCUAAAGCGUCCUGAGGUUUUAUAUGAUCCUCGUAAUGAAGAACUAUAUUAUCUUCUAGAAGAUUCUGACAGUUUCCCAUAUGGUGUAUUCCAGGAUCCAGGUGUUCUGGACAUGCUACUAGGUUUGGGCCUGAGGACAUCUGUAUCACCUGAGGUUGUCAUACAAAGUGCUCGCCAGGUUGAAUUAUUGAUGCAUAAGGAUCAAGGAAAGGCACAUUUAAGGGGGAAAGUGCUUCUUUCCUACUUAGAAGUGAAUGCUUCUAAGUGGUCAUUCCGUCCACCAAGUGAUGGUCAAAGAGCAAUGAACAAACUUUUCUCACAAGUGGCAACUACUUUCAAGCCUCGCAAUUUGGAAUUUGAUGUCGAGAAGUUCUGGAAUGAUCUUCGAAUGAUAUGCUGGUGCCCUGUUUUGGUUGACGCUCCCCAUCCAGCUUUACCCUGGCCUGUGGUAUCAUCUAUGGUCGCACCUCCUAAGUUGGUCAGAUUACGUGCCGAUUUGUGGCUUGGUUCAGCGAGUAUGCGUAUACUGGAUGGUGAGUGCUCUUCAACUGCCUUAUCAUUUAGCUUGGGCUGGUCUUCCCCACCAGCAGGAAGUGUAAUUUCUGCCCAACUUCUCGAACUUGGGAAAAACAACGAGCUUGUUACAGAUCAGGUGCUUCGGCAGGAAUUAACCCUAGCAAUGCCAAGGAUAUACUCUAUAUUGACUAGCAUGGUUGGUUCUGAUGAGAUGGAUAUUGUAAAAGCUGUUCUAGAAGGGUGCCGCUGGAUUUGGGUGGGAGAUGGGUUUGCAACAUCAGAUGAAGUUGUCCUCAAUGGUCCUCUUCAUUUGGCUCCUUAUAUACGUGUCAUCCCUGUUGAUUUAGCUGUUUUCAGGGAAUUAUUUUUGGAGCUUGGCAUACGAGAAAUCUUGAAGCCCACAGAUUAUGCUAAUAUUCUAUCUAGAAUGGCUGUGCGAAAAGCUGAUGCGCCCCUGGAUCCACAAGAACUCAGGGCUGCAGUACUGGUAGUGCAGCAUCUGGCUGAAGUUCAGUUUCAGAAUCAGCAGGUUCAAAUUUAUUUACCAGAUGUAUCAUCCAGGCUAUUUCCUGCAGCCAAUCUAGUCUACAAUGACGCACCAUGGUUGCUUGGUUCUGGAGAUCCAGAUACUGCAUUUGUUGAUGCAUCUACUGUUGCUAUGAAUGCUAGAAGAACUGUUCACAAAUUUGUGCAUGGCAACAUUUCAAAUGAUGUUGCAGACAAACUUGGUGUAUGCUCACUUCGUAGGAUAUUGCUUGCUGAGAGCGCUGAUUCAAUGAAUUUGAGUUUGUCUGGGGCUGCGGAAGCCUUUGGGCAGCAUGAGGCCUUGACAACCAGACUUAAACAUAUAGUUGAAAUGUAUGCGGAUGGGCCUGGGAUUCUUUUUGAGUUGGUGCAAAAUGCGGAGGAUGCAGGUGCUUCUGAGGUUGUCUUUCUCUUAGAUAAAACUCAAUAUGGGACAUCAUCUGUUCUUUCUCCUGAAAUGGCAGACUGGCAAGGCCCUGCUCUAUAUUGUUUCAACAGUUCUGUCUUCAGCCAACAAGAUCUUUAUGCAAUAUCACGUAUUGGUCAGGACAGUAAACUGGAGAAGCCCUUUGCUAUUGGAAGGUUUGGUCUUGGCUUCAACUGUGUUUAUCAUUUUACAGACAUCCCUGCAUUUGUUUCAGGUGAAAACCUUGUGAUGUUUGAUCCUCAUGCCUGUAACCUGCCUGGGAUCUCUCCAUCCCACCCUGGCCUGCGAAUUAGAUUUGCUGGGAGAAGGAUUUUGGAACAGUUUCCUGAUCAGUUUACUCCAUUCUUACACUUUGGCUGUGAUUUGCAGCAAUCUUUUCCUGGCACACUUUUUCGUUUUCCUCUUAGAACCGAAAGUGCAGCCUCUAGGAGCCAAAUAAAGAAAGAAAAGUAUGCAAUUGAAGAUGUCCUAUCACUCUUUUAUUCGUUUUCAGAAGUUGUGUCAGAGGCCCUUCUUUUUCUCCGGAAUGUUAAAACUAUCUCUCUUUUUGUGAAGGAUGGAGUUGGCCAUGAAAUGCAACUCCUUCAUCGGGUUAAUAGGCACUGUAUUAAUGAGCCUAAAUCUGAUCCCAAUCCUCUGCAUCCUAUGCUUGGCUUUAUUCAUGGAAAUCAGCGGAGUGUUAUAGACAAGGAUCAGUUCCUCAACAUAUUAAAAAAAACCCCUGAUAAUGAAUUGCCGUGGAACUGUCAGAAGAUCAUGAUGACAGAGCAUAAGCCUUCUGGUGAUAUCUCACACUUGUGGGUAGUCAGUGAAUCUUUGGGAGGUGGACGUGCAAAGAAAAAAUCUCUUGCCUUGGAGAACAGGUCUCAUAAUUUUAUACCUUGGGCUUGUGUUGCUGCACAUUUGCAGUCUGUUAAUUUGAUGAAGACUGAGGAACCAAGUGACUUCACUGAAGGACAGUCUAUUGAUGACAAUCCAUGUAAUUUUCAUGUUCCUUUGGAUUUUAUGCAAGAUAGAAGGGAUUUUGAGGGCCGUGCAUUUUGCUUCUUGCCGCUGCCAAUUACUACAGGUCUACCAACACAUAUUAAUGCAUACUUUGAGUUGUCAUCAAACCGAAGGGAUAUUUGGUUUGGCAGUGACAUGACAGGGGGUGGAAAGGCACGCUCCGAUUGGAAUAUAUACAUCCUUGAGGAUGUAGUUGCACCGGCUUAUGGUCAUCUGCUUGAAAAAUUGGCAACAGAAGUUGGUCCAUGUGACCUGUUUUUUACACUCUGGCCCACAAAAACUGGGCUAGAACCAUGGGCAUCACUAGUGAGGAAACUUUACAUUUCUAUAGCAGAUCUUGGUCUCCGUGUCCUGUAUACUAAAGUUCGAGGGGGCCAGUGGAUCCCAACCAAACAGGCCAUUUUUCCUGAUUUUACUUUUCCUCGGGCAACUGAGCUUAUAGAAGCAUUAUCAGAUGCAGGUUUACCUACAGUUAUUGUCUCUAAGCCAGUAGUGGAGAGAUUCAUGGAAGUUUGUCCAUUGUUACAUUACCUGACACCUCAAUUGCUGAGGACCCUAUUGAUUCGACGGAAUCGUGGUUUUAAGAACAGGGAUGCUAUGAUCUUGACACUUGAAUACUGUUUAAGUGACAUAAAAGGACCUGUUAACUAUGAUUGUUUGCAUGGUUUACAGUUGGUUCCUCUUGCCAAUGGUUUAUUUACGACAUUCAACCGAAAAAGUGAAGGUGAACGAAUAUUUGUUACCAGUGGAGAUGAAUAUGACCUUCUUAAAGAUUCAAUUCCACAUCUUCUGGUGGAUUCCUCUGUUCCAGGAGGAGUUCACAGGAAACUGCAUGACAUUGCUGAACAUGGGCAUUUAAAUAUUUCUUUGCUUACAUGCCAUCUUCUAGAGGGACUCUUUCCCAGAUUUCUUCCAGCAGAUUGGCAAAAUGCUAAACAGGUAUCCUGGGAACCGGGUCAUGAAGGUCAACCAAAUUUAGAAUGGAUGGGGAAACUAUGGAGCUAUUUGAAGUCAUCUUGUGACGACCUUUCAAUUUUUUCUAGGUGGCCUAUAUUGCCAGUUGGCAAAAAUUGCCUUCUGCAGCUUGUCAGAAAUUCAAAUGUCAUUAAGGAUGAUGGCUGGAGUGAGAACAUGGCAUCACUAUUGGAGAAAACGGGAUGUUUCUUGCUGAAGUCUGAUGUGCAAAUAGAUCAUCCACAGCUGAACAAUUUUGUGCAGGAUCCAACUGCAAGUGGCAUACUAGAUGCUUUACUAGGUGUUGCUGGGGAGCCACAGGAAAUCGGGAAACUUUUUGAUGUUGCAUCAGAAGGGGAGUUGCAUGAACUUCGAAGUUUCAUUCUCCAAUCCAAGUGGUUCUGUGCGGACCAGAUGGACUGUAGACACAUUGAAACGAUAAAGAAUCUUCCCAUGUUUGAAUCGUACAGAAGUAGGAAAUUAGUUAGUUUAAGCAAGCCUACCAAAUGGCUGAAACCAGAAGGUGUGCAUGAAGAUCUUUUGAAUGAAGAGUUCAUUCGCACAGAGUCAGAAAGAGAAAAGACCAUUCUAAGAAGCUUUUUGGGGUUGAGAGAGCCUAGAAGGGUUGAAUUUUACAAGGAUUAUGUACUCAAUCGGAUGGCAGAAUUCCUUUCUCAGGAAGGAGCUCUUUUAGCCAUUCUGCAAGAUGUAAAGCUUUUGAUUGAAGAGGAUACUUCCAUUAAAGAUGUACUUUCACAGACAGCUUUUGUUUUGACAGCUGAUGGGUCAUGGAAACAUCCUUCAAGGCUUUAUGAUCCUCGAAUUGAUGGGUUUAAAGAAGUGCUGCAUAGAGAAGCAUUCUUCCCUUCUGAAAAGUUUUUGGAUGGUGAAACGCUGGACAUUUUAGUUAGCCUGGGACUUAGAAGGACCUUGGGAUUUACAGGCUUACUUGAUUGUGCUUUGUCAGUGUCAAUGAUGCAUGAUUCAGGUGAUCCAGAGGCACUAAAUUAUGGAAGGGGGCUACUUGCCUGUUUAGAUGCUCUGGGAUCUAAGCUCUCAAAUGGACUAGAAGGUAGUAACAAUGAAAUUAGUUCUAAAAUAUUUCAGGAGAACAGCAAUAUGGUAACUGAGGGUGUGGAGUAUAUGCACUUGCCAAAGACAUAUAUGAAGAACUGCUGCAAUUUGGAUCACAAUAUUUUUUCUUGUUUGGGUGACAUAUGUGAUAAACCAGAAGAAGAUUUUUGGUUAGAAAUGAAAGCAAUACCUUGGUGUCCUGUUUAUGUUAGUCCACCUCUACAAGGACUUCCAUGGCUCCUAUCCAAAUGUCAAGUCGCAUGUCCAAGUGUUGUUAGACCUCGAUCACAAAUGUGGAUGGUGUCAUCUAUGAUGCAUAUACUAGAUGGUGAAUGCCAUUCAAGUUACCUUCAAAGUAAACUGGGUUGGGUAGAUUCCCCUAAUAUUGGUGUUUUAACAACCCAGUUAAUUGAGUUAUCCAAGUCUUAUGGUCAGUUGAAGUUUGAUUCUGUUCUCAAAGCCACCCUUGAUUCCACAUUGCAGAAGGAAAUCCCUACACUUUAUCUGAAAUUGCAGGAAUUCAUUUGUACUGAUGGUGUCAUGAUUGCAAAAUCUGCACUGAGUGGGGUUUCAUGGGUUUGGAUUGGAGAUGAUUUCAUAUCACCAAAAGCACUGGCAUUUGAUUCGCCUGUUAAAUUUCAUCCAUACUUGUAUGCUGUCCCAUCUGAGUUGUCAGAAUUCAGAGAUUUGCUAUUAGCAUUAGGCGUGAGACCUACAUUUGAUUCUAUUGACUACUUUCAUGCUCUUCAGCGUUUACAACAUGUUGUUAAAGGAUCUCCGUUGUUACCUGAGCAGUUAAGUUUUGUUAGUUGUGUCCUUGAAGCUGUUGCAGACUGUUAUUCAGACAAACCAUUGUCUGAGACAUCUAAUACCCCAUUACUAGUUCCUGAUUCUUCUGGUAUUCUAAUGUCUGCAAUGGACCUUGUGUAUAAUGAUGCGCCAUGGAUGGAGAAAAAUGCUUUUUCUGCAAAACGUUUUGUACAUCCAAGUAUUAGCAAUGAUUUAGCAAGCAGGUUGGGUAUACAAUCACUUCGCUGCUUAUCUUUAGUUGAAGAGGAAAUGACGAAGGAUUUGCCUUGCAUGGACUAUUCUCGAAUAAGUGAACUUCUGGAUUUAUAUGGGAACAAUGAUUUUUUGUUGUUUGAUCUUCUUGAGCUGGCAGACUGCUGCAAGGCAAAGAAGCUACAUCUAAUACUUGACAAACGGGAACAUCCUCGCCAGUCUCUGCUCCAGCACAAUCUAGGUGAAUUUCAAGGGCCAGCUUUAUUAGCUAUCCUGGAAGGGGCUACCUUGAGCAGGGAUGAAGUAAGCAGUCUCCAGCUUCUUCCUCCUUGGAGGCUUCGGGGCAGUAUACUAAACUAUGGUUUGGGACUUCUUAGCUGUUAUUCCAUAUGUGAUCUCCUAUCAAUUGUUUCCAGUGGCUACUAUUACAUGUUCGACCCUCGUGGUUUAGCUCUUGCUUUGCCUUCAAACCCAGUCCCCUCUGCCAAAAUGUUUUCUCUGACAGGUACUGAUUUGACCGAGAGAUUCUCUGAUCAAUUUAAUCCAAUGCUUGUUGGACAAAAUAUGCCAUGGUCAUCCUUAGAUACCACAAUUAUCCGGAUGCCUCUACAAUUGGAAUGCAUGAAGGAUGGCCUUGACGAUGGUUUUAGUAGAAUAAAGCAGAUAUUUGACAGAUUUUUGAAGCAUUCAAGUACAACUCUUCUAUUCCUUAAGUCGGUAUUGCAGGUAUCACUUUCAACAUGGGAGGAAGGAAAUAAGCACCCUUGUCAGGAUUAUUCAUUUUUUAUUGAUCCAUCAUCUGCUGUUAUGAGGAAUCCUUUUUCAGACAAGAAGUGGAGAAAGUUUCAGAUAUCAAGGCUUUUUAGUAGCUCAAGUGCUGCCAUUAAAAUGCACACUAUUGAUGUGAACAUUUUCCACAAAGGAACUAAGGUUGUUGACAAAUGGCUUGUUGUGCUUUGCCUAGGAUCUGGUCAAUCAAGAAAUAUGGCCCUUGAUAGGCAAUAUCUGGCAUACAAUUUAACUCCAGUUGCUGGAGUUGCAGCACACAUCUCUCGGAAUGGACAGCCUACCAGUGCUUUUUCAUCAAGCUGCAUUUUAUCUCCUCUUCCUCUUUCUGGCGAUCUACCAAUACCUGUCACUGCUAUUGGGUGCUUCCUUGUGUGUCACAAUCGGGGCCGCUACCUAUUCAAAUACCAAGACAUGAUAGCUUCUACUGAGGCACAGCGUGAUGCUGGAAAUCAGUUAAUAGAGGCCUGGAACCGUGAACUUAUGUCUUGUGUUCGUGAUUCUUAUGUCGAAAUGGUGUUGGAAAUCCAGAAGCUAAGAAGGGACCCCUCAAAUUCAUCUAUUGAGUCAGCUUCAGUACGUUCAGUUAGUCUAAUUUUACAGGCUUAUUCGGAUCGAAUUUAUUUGUUCUGGCCAAGGUCGAAUCAGCAUUCAUCCAAUCAACAUGAUGAUGCAAGUAACCCAAGCUUGCUAAAAAUGUUCAAAGCAGAUUGGGAAUGCAUAAUCAAGCAAGUAAUAAGACCUUUCUAUGCACGUCUUGUUGACCUUCCUGUAUGGCAACUUUACUCUGGAAACUUGGUCAAGGCAGAAGAAGGUAUGUUUCUCGCACAACCUGGGAAUGGAGUGGGUGAUAGCGUGCCACCUGCUACAGUUUGUGGCUUCAUCAAGGAACAUUAUCCUGUGUUUUCAGUACCCUGGGAAUUGGUGACUGAAAUUCAGGCUGUUGGGGUUGCAGUCGGAGAAAUCAGGCCAAAGAUGGUGAGGGAUCUUCUCAGAGCUUCUUCAUCUUCUAUUGUGCUUCGGUCAGUUGAAACUUAUUUAGAUGUUCUUGAGUACUCUUUGUCUGAUAUUCAGCUUCAAGAGUCAUCUACUUCAUCCAAUAUUGAUGCAUCACUGGAGCAUAAUACCUUGGAUUCUGUUGGAGGAGGGAGUAUACAAGAGAGUAGCAUGGUAGUUUCUUCAUCAAAUCUGAAUAUGUGUGAACCUCCUUGGUUGUCUACCCACAGUCCUGUAAAUUCAGGAGCAGAUGCAUUGGAAGUUGUGACAAAUUUUGGGAAGGCUUUAUUUGAUUUUGGCCGGGGAGUUGUUGAAGAUUUUGGUAUAGCUGGAGUUCCCAUGGUUCAGAGAAACUCCGUUUUAGAUAAUAGUAGUGGUAGUGGAAAUGCUGACCAGAAGUUUCUGAAUAUAGCUGCAGAACUCAAAGGCUUACCAUGUCCAACUGCUACGAGACAUCUAGCAAGGUUGGGCAUCACUGAACUUUGGAUUGCAAACAAGGAGCAGCAGAAACUGAUGCUUCCACUAGCAGCAAAAUUUAUCCACCCAAAAUGCUUGGGAAGACCAAUCUUGGAUGAGAUAUUUUCCAGCCAAACCAUUCAAAGGUUAAUGAAAUUGCAAAGUUUCUCCCCUUACUUGUUGGCAAGUCACAUGAAGUUACUUUUUAGUGAGCAUUGGGUAAAUCAUGUAAUGAAUGUGAAUAAGGCUCCAUGGUUUUCAUGGGAGAGUGGUACAGAUUCAAGUGGUGAGGGAGGACCUUCUCCUGAAUGGGUAAGACUCUUUUGGAAAAAUCUUAGUGGAUCAUCAGGAGAUCUCUCACUUUUCUCUGAUUGGCCUCUCAUUCCUGCUUUUCUAGGUAGGCCAGUAUUAUGCCGUGUGAGGGAACAUAACAUGGUGUUUAUACCACCAGUUUUUCUUGGCUCAACUACCUUAAAUGUUGCCACAGAAUUGAGUAGUGAGGAACCUGACAUGAGAGAUUCAUCUGAGUCUCAGCCUGUCCAGUCCUAUGUUUUAGCAUUUGAAGUAGUCAAAUCAAGACACCCUUCAUUACUGUCAUUGCUGAACCAGUGCAAUAUACCGGCAUAUGAUAUAGCUUUCCUGGAGUGUGCUGCUCCAAGUCAUUGUUUGCCCAUGCCUGGCCAAUCACUAGGGCAGGUGAUUGCUUCCAAGCUUCUGGCAGCUAAACAAGCUGGCUAUUUCUCCGAACCUGCUUCUUUCACAGAUGCAGAUCGUGAUUAUCUGUUUACCUUGUUUGCUUCAGAUUUCAAUUCCUCCAGUGCCACUCCUUACAAAAGAGAAGAGCUUGAUGUUUUGCGAGAUCUACCUAUAUACAAAACAGUUGUGGGGUCAUACACCAAAUUGUAUAGUCAAAAUCAGUGUAUCAUCUCUGCAGAUUCAUUCUUUCAGCCACUUGAUGAACAUUGCCUUUAUUAUACUACAGACACCGGUGGAAAUAUGCUGUUUCGUGCGCUUGAUGUCCCUGAAUUGCAUGAUCAAGAGAUAUUGGUAAGAUUUGCAUUGCCUGGGUUUGAAAAUAAAGCACAGUCAGAGCAGGAGGAUAUCUUAAUAUAUCUGUAUGUAAAUUGGCAAGAUCUCCAGCUAGAUCCUACUGUGAUUGGUGUAUUGAAGGAGACUAAAUUUGUAAGGAAUUCUGAUGAACUUUGUUUAGAAUUGCUUAAACCGCAGGAUUUAUUUGAUCCCGGUGAUUCUUUACUGACUUUAGUAUUCUCUGGGGAAAAAAGGAAAUUUCCUGGUGAGAGGUUUGGUACAGAUGGGUGGCUUCACAUUUUAAGAAAAACAGGCCUUCGAACAGCAACUGAAGUGGAUGUUAUAGUUGAAUGUGCGAGGAAGGUAGAGUCACUUGGGGGUGAAUGCAUGAAGUCUAUAGAGGAUGCUGAUGAAUUUGAGGCAGACUUCUCUUCUCAGAAUGAAAUUCCCUUUGAAAUAUGGUCACUAGCUGGAGCUGUCCUGGAUUCUAUAUUUUCAAACUUUGCUGUCUUCUAUAGCAGUAAUUUCUGCAAUACUCUAAGCAAGAUUGCAUUUAUACCAGCUGAAAAAGGUUUUCCAAGUAUUGGUGGUAAGAAAGGGGGGAAAAGAGUGCUAUCUUCAUAUAAUGAAGCUAUUCUAUUGAAGGAUUGGCCCCUAGGCUGGAGUUGUGCUCCUAUUCUUUCCAGACAGAAUGUUGUUCCACCUGAGUAUUCUUGGGGAGCAUUCCACUUGAGGAGCCCUCCAGUUUUCUCCACAGUCUUGAAACAUUUACAGGUUGUAGGAAGAAAUUGUGGUGAAGAUACUCUUGCUCAUUGGCCAAUAUCACCAGGCAUGAUGACCAUAGAAGGAGCUUCUUGUGAGGUCUUGAAGUAUCUUGAUAAGAUUUGGGGUUCCCUUUCAGCUUCAGAUAUAUUGGAGUUGCGGAAAGUGGCAUUCAUGCCUGCUGCGAAUGGCACUCGCUUGGUGACAGCAAAUAGUCUUUUUGUGCGUCUGACAGUCAACCUAUCACCAUUUGCCUUUGAGCUUCCUACUAUUUAUCUCCCUUUUGUAAAGAUUCUCAAGGACUUGGGGCUGCAAGAUUUGCUCUCAGUUGCCUGUGCAAAGGACCUUCUGAUGAAUCUCCAGAAAGCAUGUGGUUACCAGCGCCUAAAUCCAAACGAACUUCGUGCUGUUAUGGAGAUUUUGCACUUUGUCUGCAAUGGGUCUGUUCAGGAAAACAAGUCAGAUGGUUCCUGCUCAGAUGUGAUAAUCCCAGAUGAUGGCUGCAGACUUGUUCUGGCAAGUUCAUGUGUGUACAUUGAUCCUUAUGGUUCGCGGUAUCUCAGGUGCAUAGACACUUCAAGGCUAAGAUUUGUGCACCCAUAUCUGUCAGAAGGAAUAUGUACAGCAUUGGGUAUUAGAAAGCUCUCUGAAGUCGUUGUGGAGGAGCUAAAUCAUGGACAGAAAUUACAGUUUGUAGAUGAGAUUGAUUCAGUUCCACUGUCAAUGGUCAGACAAAAGCUGUCCAGCAGAUCAUUUCAGCUUGCUGUGUGGACUGUUCUCAAUAGCAUAAACAGUUACAUUUCUGCAUCUGGAGAUCUUGCUUUGGAGCAGAUAGAAAGUUCACUCAAGCACAUUGCAGAUAAGUUGCAGUUUGUGCGUUGCCUCCGCACUUCGUUUAUACUACUUCCUAAGCAUUUAGACAUUACCCGUGCAACAAAGCAAUCCAUUUUACCUGAGUGGGAGGACGGAUCUGGACAUGGGACUCUUCAUUUUAUUGACCAAUCAAAGAACUGUAUUUUAGUUGCUGAACCUCCUGACUAUAUUUCAGUUUUGGAUGUUAUUUCCAUCAUUGUGAGCCAGGUAUUGGGUUCCACAACCCCAUUACCUAUUGGGCCGUUGUUUUCUUGCCCUGAAGAUUUAGAGAAAGUGGUCGUUAGUACGCUGAGACUUGGGUCUGAGAGAGGAGAAAUUGGGACUAUAGGUGGAAGUGACCGGUUGUUAGGCAAAGACCUUCUACCACAGGAUGCUCUUCAGGUGCAGUUUCAUCCACUGAGACCCUUCUAUGCUGGGGAGAUGGUGGCUUGGAGGACAGGAAAGAAUGGAGAAAAGUUGAAGUAUGGUAGAGUUCCACUGGAUGUAAGGCCAUCUGCAGGUCAAGCACUCUACAGGCUGAAAGUGGAAACAGCACCAGGGAUCUCUGAGCCUCUUGUCUCUUCUCAGGUUUUCUCAUUCAGAGCUAUCUCAACAGUCAGUGAGGCUUCUCCUUCGACCUUGCCAGAAGGUGGGCACACAGAAACGUCAAGCCAAAUGCAUGUCCCGAUGCGUGAAAUUGCUGGAAAAGGAAAAAGUGAGCUCUCCCAGCUGCAGGGAGCCAAGGAGUUCCAAUAUGGCCGUGUGUCACCAGCAGAAUUAGUGAAUGCAGUUCAUGAUAUGCUUUCUGCAGCUGGGAUCGAUAUGGAUGUGGAGAAGCAGUCAUUGCUACAAACAACCUUGACCCUUCAGGAACAGCUCAAAGAAUCUCAGGCUGCACUGCUACUCGAGCAGGAGAAGGCUGAUAUGGCUGCAAAAGAAGCUGAUACAGCAAAAGCAGCUUGGAUGUGUCGGGUCUGUUUAAGUGCUGAGGUCGAUGUAACAAUAGUUCCUUGUGGUCAUGUACUCUGCCGUCGAUGUUCCUCUGCUGUUUCGAGGUGCCCCUUCUGUCGGACCCAGGCUUCUAGGACUAUGAAAAUUUUCAGGCCAUGAAAAUGUUGGAGGUUAUAGUAUUUAAGAGAGAUUUCAGAAAUCUAGUUUACUGUGCAAAAAUGAUCCAAUCAACAUAAAGGUGUUGAAAUCUUCUCAUCUGCUUGACUC